AUGACAAAAGCCACAACCCCAAUGAUCGAACAAUACUGGCACAAAGGAGGCCUCUGCGGCGUCAUCUCCCGCGCCGCCCUCCGCACCCUCCAAUUCGUCUUUGCCAUCGUGAUUGCCGGUCUCUACGGCGUCGACCUAGCCCACGCAACAAAGAUUAACGCCCGCGCCCCUUCGCAAUGGGUGUACGCCGAAUUCGUCGCUGCAGUCACUGCACUCACCUGCAUCGUGCAUUGCUUCAUCACCGUGAUUCACGUUGCAUGGUCAGCCUGGGAUUUUGUGAUCUUCGUGUUCUGGCUAGCCCAGGUAGGCACGUUCGGAACGAUAUAUCUCUCGAGCAACGUACCGGAUGAGUAUGAAAAAGCGACGUCGUCGAUACCCCGCAUGCGUGCCGCUAUCUGGAUUAGUCUGGUCAGUAUGGUGUUGUGGUUCGCGACAACUAUCUUGGGCAUUGCGUGGUGUUGCCGGACACGCAAGGUUACUCGGCGGACGGACCAGGUUGAUUCUGCUAAAGAGCGAAGCCCGCAGAGUGAUAGUGACGUGGAGAGUGGUUCAAACUGCGGCGAGACGAAACAAAUGAUUGCGAUUCCUGAUGCUAUGGUUGGCGAGAAAAACGUCAAGGAGAAGAAUGACAGCAAAAUAACAUCCGAGACGAAUCAGUUGGACUCUGAUAUCUCUCCUCCACCUUACUCUUAA